AAAAUAUUUCUUUUUUCACAUAUAAAUUACAUAGGCAUUCAGCAUCCCCGUCAAGUAUGUGCUAUGGUUUCCCGUGAAUUUCACAGUGAUUCUCGCCGACAUCUGAAAGAUAUUAAAGUCAAGAUGAUGUUGAAAAUGAUAACCACUCAUCACAUACCGUUCCAAAUUGGACUUCAAGCUAGUAUAGUCAGUUCGUUCUCAACAUUAUUCGUGCGAUUUUUGCUAUGGAGCAGUACAAUCAUCUGCUAGUUGUUUUAAUUUGGGUUCUGCCAGUACUCAUUAUACUCACCAUAAUCACCAUCAUCAUUCGUUUAAUUUCAAGUAAGGAUAGACCUUGCGUGGAUUACCCAAGUAAUCCCUUAACUGCCCCUUCUUCCUCUUCUUCAUCUCCACCUGGCAGCUGGGAUGUGGAUCCCCAAAGUAAUCCGUCAACUGCGCCUUCUUCUUCCUCUUCUGCAUCUCCACCUAGCAGCUGGGAUGUCUUCCUAAGUUUUCAUGGUAAAGACACUCGUGGAAACUUUACCGCACAUCUCUACAAAGCUUUGCAUAAUGCAGGAAUUAAAACUUUCAUGGAUGAACCUCAACUCCGAAAGGGUGAAGAAAUUUCGGUGGGACUACUGAACGCAAUUCGUGGUUCAAAGAUGUGCGUUGUUGUUCUUUCGGAGAACUUUGCAUAUUCUAAAUGGUGUCUUAAUGAGCUCGUAGAGAUCAUUAGUACUUACGAGAGAACCAAAGGUCUGGUGGUGGUUCCUGUAUUUUAUAAUGUUGAUCCAUCAGAUGUUCGACACCGGAGGAAGGGAUUUAUGGAAGGUCUUCGCAGUCAAAGGAACAAUCACUCUGUUGAAAUGAUAAACAAGUGGGAAUGUGCUCUUGCUGCAGUUGGGAAGCUAAAAGGAUACCAUCUCAAAAAAGAUGCAGGAGAAAAUGAAGCAGACAUUGUUCAAGAUAUUGUGAAAAAUGCGGAACGACUGCAUGCAUCUGUGAAAGUACACAAUGAUGAACAUCUGUUUGGCGUAGAUUCUGUCGUUGAAGAUAUUUAUCAAAAACUACGAAUGGAAUCAAAUGAUGUCCGUACCAUUGGAAUAUGUGGUAUGGGAGGUAUUGGAAAAACAACAAUUGCCAGAGCUUUUUACAAUACUUAUCGUAACCAGUUCCCAGUUAGUUGCUUUAUUGAAAAUGUUAAAGAAAAUUUACAAGGGGGUAAGAAUCUACUUUGGUUACUUCAACAACUCUUGGUAAAGCUUCUCAGAAACAAUGAUUGUAGGGUCACUGAUGUGGAAGGUGGAAUCAGACAGUUGAAACAAAUUCUUUGUUUUAGUAAAGCUCUCAUUGUUCUGGAUGAUUUGGACCAGUCAAUCCCUUCAGAAUUGCAGAUAAAGUUCUGCAGCCUGUCUUCUCCAGGAAGUAGGAUUAUUUUUACGACAAGAGAUGCAAAUUUGCUAAAUCUACUGAAGAUAGAUAUUCCAGAAGUAGAUAUAUACACGGUGAAAAAAUUGGGACAAAAUGAUUCAUUAGAGCUCUUUAGCUAUCACGCCUUUAGGAAAUCGAUGCCACCUGAGAUGUUUAGAGAGCUCUCAGCAGAGUUUGUAACUUAUGCGGGAGGUCUUCCAUUGGCUCUAAAGGUGUUAGGCUCAUCUUUGCGUGGUAGAAAUCACGUGUCAUUUUGGGAAGCUAAGCUUAUCAAGGUUCAGAAAAUUCCAAUAGACCAGAUACAAGAAAUCCUUCAACUAAGCUACGAUGAAUUGGAUGAUGAGACGGAGAAAGCAAUUUUCCUAGAUAUUGUCUUCUUCUUUGUUGGAAAGGACAAAGACGAUGCUGUUUAUACAUUUAAAUCUUGUGAUUUUUAUCCUGACCUUGGAAUACCAAUUCUAGAAGACAGAUCUCUAAUAACAGUUGAUGAGUUUAACUGUUUACAGAUGCAUAAUCUUAUCCAAGACAUGGGGAGGAAAGUUGCUCGCGAAGAAUUUAAUCAAGGGAAUGGCAGAUACUUGCGCUUGUAUCAAGAAAAUGCAUGCGAGCGGUUGCAAAAUCUAGAGGGAGCAGAUCAUAUUGAACUUCUGGUACUCGAUUUAACCAGAUCCACAGCAAGACAAUUGACUACCAAAAUAUUUAGAAAGCUGUGCAAGUUGAGAUUACUUGAAAUAAUUGAUCCACAUAACAUCAUCUCGGGAGAUUUUAAAACUUCAUGUCAGGAGUUGAGGUGCAUGCGAUGGUCUCAUUGCUCGUGGACAAGUGUUAAUGCUAAUUUUUGUUCACAAAAACUUGUCUGUCUUGACAUGUCAUACAAUCGACUUGAUUCAUCAUGGAAGAAGAGUGAUGAGCAAGCAGUUCCGAUUUCGUUCCACGAAAUAAGGCGAGUGAUUAGCUCAUACUCGAAAUUCAAAUUCGGAAGUUAUCGGCCUGUCAUUUUUGCUGUUACUGUGUUCAUCACAAUAUCGCUACAGCUUCAGUGUCUGAUGGAUCCUUUAGGUUUCAAAUGGCUUGAUCUUUCUCCGCUAUCACCUUCGUCUUUAUAGGAAAGUGAGCCUUUUUUAUAUGUUGUCAUUCUACACUAUAGUUUGAAACCUAAUCACUGUGUGUGUUUGCAGGACAGAGGAGGUGUUGUGGUGCUAACGAGUCCAACGAUGGCAAUGGAAGGCUACUUUGCAAAGAGAAUGAGGACCCAAAUCCAAAUGCACAGAAUUGUAGUUUUGGAGAAACCGUUGUCACAGCGGAUAACCAACACAACUCUGUCAAGGAAACGCACCCUUUUAAUAGUCAACCUGUCUUUGGGAAAACAAUUGGUACUACUGAUGAGUUUUGCACCCCAUCGCCAAGGCGGUUGCGUGACGUUGAUUUAUCUGCUGUUACUCACCGAACACCCCUGGACAUGCUUAUUGAAAUGCAGUCGAAUAAGCAGAGCAGGAGUACCCGUUUUCAACUUCCCGCUUCUAGAAUUUUGCCACGCCCAUUGUAGGUUACAAACGCAAGUUCACAGCACCCUCAAGACAAGGACACUUAAAGUAUCCACAAGAGAACUGCAUUCAGGACGAUAAAUCUUUCUCAGCGUCACAGCAUUGAGAGUACUUCAAACCGUACGUUGCAAUCUGGUGUAACACAAUGUGGUCAGGAUGAUGAUGUAAAUAUUAUUGUUCCUGAGCCGGGACAGCUUGGUAUUAACUCCAG